UCGCAGCCCUUUCCUGAGGGGGCCGGCCGUAAAGCGAGGCGCCGGCGCGAAGUGUCGCGCUCUUCCUUCGUCCGCUCUCGCGUGAGAGCAGCGGCGGCGGCAGCCUGGCCUGACGGGAAACCUGCCCUCGCUUUACGGCCGCUGGAUGAGGAGGAGCGGAGGAGGGGAGCGGGAGGCGCCGCGGCUGCUGCUGCUGCUGCUGCUGCUGAGGGGAUUUUGGGGACAUGGCCGAGGUUCCGCCCGGGCCUAGCAGCCUCCUCGCUUCGCCGCCGGGAGACGCCGCCUCGCUCCUCCUGCCCUUUCCGGGAGCCGCCGAGGAAGAGGAGGAGGAGGAGGAGGAGGGAGGAGGAGGAGGAGGAAGAAGGCCUCGCGAGGAAGAAGAGGAGGAGGAGGAGGAGGCCGGGGAUGAAGGCGCCCGGGACCGCCGCCGGCCUUGCCCGCCGCACCGGCGCAACCACCAGCUCAACGGGCUCAUCUCCGGGCCGGACCUGCGGCACUUGCGCGGCCCCCUCAAGGGCAAGGUCCUGAGCGGCGGCGAGAAGCAGCGCCCGCCGGGCAGCAAGAGAGGCGGCGGCGGCGGCGGCAGGAGCAGCAGCAGCGACCCCGGCUCCGCUGGCAAGACAAUGGGACACGGGCAGCAACAGCAGCAGGAAGAGGGUCCGGAGCUGCCCCCCCAGCAGCAGCCUCCCGCCUCCCUCAGCAACCACCACCACCACCACCACCACCAUCGGGUCCCCCGCUCCCAGGCAAGGACUGCGCAGCCCCAGGAGCAGCAGAAGCGCCGCCACGACGCUGCUUCUGCCCCCUCUGAGGGGGACAGGAAUGGGCUGGCUGGAGCAGGAGGGGUGGAGGAGGAGGAAGAGGAAGGAGGAGGAGGAGGAGGCCGGCAGGAGAGGGAGGAGGAGGAGGAGUCCCUGCUGCUUCUGUCCAGGUCCUUGGCCUCCAACUGCAGCUUGCAGAAAUGCCCCCCGGGGCCCCCCACCACGGACUCUUCCUGGGGGCCCCAGCAGCAGCUAGAGAAGGAGGAGGAGGAAGGGGACCUGACGAUACGAUACGUCCGCUAUGAGUCCGAGCUGCAGAUGCCCGAUAUCAUGAGACUGAUCACCAAAGAUCUGUCUGAACCCUACUCCAUUUACACAUAUAGGUAUUUUAUCCACAACUGGCCUCAGCUUUGCUUUUUGGUUGUCUUGGAGACUGAGAUCACAAACAAGUCCGCGUUGAAACUUUAUGAAAACCUUGGCUUUGUUCGAGACAAGAGGCUGUUCAGAUACUAUUUAAAUGGAGUUGAUGCACUGCGUCUUAAACUGUGGCUGCGUUGAUAGGAGGCCAUCAUUGCGCCCAGGACUCCUCUUCCCAACCAGCCGGGCAACGGCGUCCUUUGCAUGCAAUGCAAUUUGUGUGAAAUUGCUUUGCAGGUGGACAUAAUAACUUCCAUGCAGCUCUUCUCUGUGAGUGUCUCAUCGAACGUCGCACCUAAAUCGUUGCACUGUGUGGCAUGGCACGUCUUGUUCUGAAUUUGCAACAGGUUGUUUCAGACUUCAGAUCCUCUUGGUAACCAGGAAGAUGUGCCAGUAGGUAGCCAAGAUCCCUUUUCAUUUGCAAGUCUACUGACUCCUGAUAUAUAAGAUGGUGAACAUUUGAUCCAAGAACCUGUGUAAUGUGGAACACAACUUUUUUUUCCAGUUCCAGAGAGAGAAAGAGAUAAGCCAAUGUAGAUUGUAAAAAAAAAAAAUUAAAAAAAUACUAUAAGUAUACUAACAUUUCAUACAAAACUCACCAUAGGUUUUUUUUUCUCUGGGGAAAAUAAAAACUGCUUCAACUUUAGGUUUUAUUUUUCAAUAUUGAACUUUUCAUUCUUAAAUAUUGGUACCUCAGUGAUUAGUGGAUGAAAAAAUGUAUUGUAGGGUGGGGUGUGUGUUACAUCGAGUAACGGUGACAAUAAAAUUGCGUCUGACAGUGCCUGUAUAGAUAGUAUAUUUGUCUCCACCGCUAACUUUUGAGUGCAUGCUUUUAUUUUCUUGAUUUCCCCCCUCCCCUUCUUCUUUUUUUGGUCUUUGCAAGAACAGCUUUUAUUUAAAUUCUGGAUUUGAUAAUAAAUUAUUUCAUUUAUGAUUUGGAAACUUCUCCCAGGUGAGGGCUUAAAAAGCCCAUCUCUUACAGCAAGAAGUGUAAGCUAUUUUUUAUUUUAUUUUUUGAGUGGCUGCUAAAAGGGAGUCUGAUGCACUUUUUCCUUUAAAGAGAGCGAGGGAUCUUUUUUAUUAUUAUUAAAAAAAAACCCACAAAACCACAAAGCAGUAAAUUAAUGUAGAUUGGAUCAAUUUUUGUUUAAUCAAAAUUAUCACUAGAAUAGCUAAAGAGGCAUUGUUUUAAAGCAGUUGGGACAACGUAAUUUUGAUUUGGAUUCACAUUGCUUUGCUUCCGUGUUCUUAAAAAUGUUUCAGUUUUCAGUUCUUGGUCUUGGAAAUAAAUUUCAAGUUGCACCAUACCCAAUCUUUAAGCUGCAUUCGCUUUCUCUCCUUUUUUCUUUUCUUUUCAACGAAAGCCAAAACUCUUGCAGUUUUAAUUUUCUUCGGAUUAAUUUGGCAGAGAUGUGUCCAAAGGUUUGAUAUAAACCCUGACCCCCCUUUUCAAAAUGGGCUACACCGGCUUGUUAAAACCAAUAUCCUUUUUCAGCAGCUGCACAGUGUGUACUUCUGUCUGUCAGUGCAAUAUGUAAAGCAGAUCAUUUCUUUUUGGCAGUUCAGCAAUGACAGCGUUGGUAUAUAUAUUAUAUACAAUAUAUAUAAUAAGCAAAACAUUAAAAUGACCCUAGAUGACUCGUGGAAAAAUAAAUCGUUUCCUUAUAUCGGAAGGGAAAUCUUCAGAAUUCAACUUUGCCUUACUAUAUUGUUUGUUAAGGAUUCAACCUGUCUUCAACAACAACAGCAGCAACAAUGGUUUGAGUUAACUGUACAUUUGAGAGUACCUUACUUCCAGUCACCCUUUGGAGAAGGACAACCCAUUCUGGACAGCUUAGUAAGUUUAAAAGGAGGCCAUCCCUAUUUUGCACAGACUGAGCAUCUCCCCCACUAUGUAUAAGUUGUGAAUUGUAUUUGGGAAAAAUAAAGGAUUUUAAUUUAAAACUGG